AUAUAAAUGAAUGUGCUUCAGAAACAACAAACAACUGCUCAGUAAAUGCAGUGUGUAACAAUUACAUUGGUUGGUACAACUGUACAUGUAAAAAUGGGUUUAAAUCUAGUAGUGGAGGAAUAGAGACACCCUCAGAUCAAUGCCAAGAUAUAAAUGAAUGUGCUUCAGAAACAACAAACAACUGCUCUGUUAAUGCUAUAUGUAACAAUUUUAUUGGCGGGUACAACUGUACAUGUAAUAAUGGGUUUAACACAAGUAAUGGAGUGCUAGAGACAAUCGCUGAUUUAUGCAGAGAUAUAAAUGAAUGUGCUUCAGAAACAACAAACAACUGCUCAGUUAAUGCUAUAUGUAACAAUUUUAUUGGCGGGUACAACUGUACAUGUAAGAAUGGGUUUAACACAAGUAAUGGAGUGCUAGAGACAAUCGCUGAUUUAUGCAGAGAUAAAAAUGAAUGUGCUUCGGAGACAACAAGCAACUGCUCAGUUAAUGCUAUAUGUAACAAUUUUGUUGGUGGGUACAACUGUACAUGUAAGAAUGGGUUUAACACAAGUAAUGGAGGAAUAGAGACACCGUCAGAUUUAUGUGGAGAUAUAAAUGAAUGUGCUUCAAACACAACAAACAACUGCUCAGUUAAUGCUAUAUGCAAGAACUUUAUUGGUGGAUUCGAAUGUACAUGUAAAAAUGGAUUUAACACGAUUAAUGGAGGAAUAGAGACACUCUGGGAUCAAUGCGGAGAUAUAAAUGAAUGUGCUUCAGAAACAACAAACAACUGCUCAGUAAAUGCAGUGUGUAACAAUUACAUUGGUUGGUACAACUGUACAUGUAAAAAUGGGUUUAAAUCUAGUAGUGGAGGAAUAGAGACACCCUCAGAUCAAUGCCAAGAUAUAAAUGAAUGUGCUUCAGAAACAACAAACAACUGCUCUGUUAAUGCUAUAUGUAACAAUUUUAUUGGCGGGUACAACUGUACAUGUAAUAAUGGGUUUAACACAAGUAAUGGAGUGCUAGAGACAAUCGCUGAUUUAUGCAGAGAUAUAAAUGAAUGUGCUUCAGAAACAACAAACAACUGCUCAGUUAAUGCUAUAUGUAACAAUUUUAUUGGCGGGUACAACUGUACAUGUAAGAAUGGGUUUAACACAAGUAAUGGAGUGCUAGAGACAAUCGCUGAUUUAUGCAGAGAUAAAAAUGAAUGUGCUUCGGAGACAACAAGCAACUGCUCAGUUAAUGCUAUAUGUAACAAUUUUGUUGGUGGGUACAACUGUACAUGUAAGAAUGGGUUUAACACAAGUAAUGGAGGAAUAGAGACACCGUCAGAUUUAUGUGGAGAUAUAAAUGAAUGUGCUUCAAACACAACAAACAACUGCUCAGUUAAUGCUAUAUGCAAGAACUUUAUUGGUGGAUUCGAAUGUACAUGUAAAAAUGGAUUUAACACGAUUAAUGGAGGAAUAGAGACACUCUGGGAUCAAUGCGGAGAUAUAAAUGAAUGUGCUUCAGAAACAACAAACAACUGCUCAGUAAAUGCAGUGUGUAACAAUUACAUUGGUUGGUACAACUGUACAUGUAAAAAUGGGUUUAAAUCUAGUAGUGGAGGAAUAGAGACACCCUCAGAUCAAUGCCAAGAUAUAAAUGAAUGUGCUUCAGAAACAACAAACAACUGCUCUGUUAAUGCUAUAUGUAACAAUUUUAUUGGCGGGUACAACUGUACAUGUAAUAAUGGGUUUAACACAAGUAAUGGAGUGCUAGAGACAAUCGCUGAUUUAUGCAGAGAUAUAAAUGAAUGUGCUUCAGAAACAACAAACAACUGCUCAGUUAAUGCUAUAUGUAACAAUUUUAUUGGCGGGUACAACUGUACAUGUAAGAAUGGGUUUAACACAAGUAAUGGAGUGCUAGAGACAAUCGCUGAUUUAUGCAGAGAUAAAAAUGAAUGUGCUUCGGAGACAACAAGCAACUGCUCAGUUAAUGCUAUAUGUAACAAUUUUGUUGGUGGGUACAACUGUACAUGUAAGAAUGGGUUUAACACAAGUAAUGGAGGAAUAGAGACACCGUCAGAUUUAUGUGGAGAUAUAAAUGAAUGUGCUUCAAACACAACAAACAACUGCUCAGUUAAUGCUAUAUGCAAGAACUUUAUUGGUGGAUUCGAAUGUACAUGUAAAAAUGGAUUUAACACGAUUAAUGGAGGAAUAGAGACACUCUGGGAUCAAUGCGGAGAUAUAAAUGAAUGUGCUUCAGAAACAACAAACAACUGCUCAGUAAAUGCAGUGUGUAACAAUUACAUUGGUUGGUACAACUGUACAUGUAAAAAUGGGUUUAAAUCUAGUAGUGGAGGAAUAGAGACACCCUCAGAUCAAUGCCAAGAUAUAAAUGAAUGUGCUUCAGAAACAACAAACAACUGCUCUGUUAAUGCUAUAUGUAACAAUUUUAUUGGCGGGUACAACUGUACAUGUAAUAAUGGGUUUAACACAAGUAAUGGAGUGCUAGAGACAAUCGCUGAUUUAUGCAGAGAUAUAAAUGAAUGUGCUUCAGAAACAACAAACAACUGCUCAGUUAAUGCUAUAUGUAACAAUUUUAUUGGCGGGUACAACUGUACAUGUAAGAAUGGGUUUAACACAAGUAAUGGAGUGCUAGAGACAAUCGCUGAUUUAUGCAGAGAUAAAAAUGAAUGUGCUUCGGAGACAACAAGCAACUGCUCAGUUAAUGCUAUAUGUAACAAUUUUGUUGGUGGGUACAACUGUACAUGUAAGAAUGGGUUUAACACAAGUAAUGGAGGAAUAGAGACACCGUCAGAUUUAUGUGGAGAUAUAAAUGAAUGUGCUUCAAACACAACAAACAACUGCUCAGUUAAUGCUAUAUGCAAGAACUUUAUUGGUGGAUUCGAAUGUACAUGUAAAAAUGGAUUUAACACGAUUAAUGGAGGAAUAGAGACACUCUGGGAUCAAUGCGGAGAUAUAAAUGAAUGUGCUUCAGAAACAACAAACAACUGCUCAGUAAAUGCAGUGUGUAACAAUUACAUUGGUUGGUACAACUGUACAUGUAAAAAUGGGUUUAAAUCUAGUAGUGGAGGAAUAGAGACACCCUCAGAUCAAUGCCAAGAUAUAAAUGAAUGUGCUUCAGAAACAACAAACAACUGCUCUGUUAAUGCUAUAUGUAACAAUUUUAUUGGCGGGUACAACUGUACAUGUAAUAAUGGGUUUAACACAAGUAAUGGAGUGCUAGAGACAAUCGCUGAUUUAUGCAGAGAUAUAAAUGAAUGUGCUUCAGAAACAACAAACAACUGCUCAGUUAAUGCUAUAUGUAACAAUUUUAUUGGCGGGUACAACUGUACAUGUAAGAAUGGGUUUAACACAAGUAAUGGAGUGCUAGAGACAAUCGCUGAUUUAUGCAGAGAUAAAAAUGAAUGUGCUUCGGAGACAACAAGCAACUGCUCAGUUAAUGCUAUAUGUAACAAUUUUGUUGGUGGGUACAACUGUACAUGUAAGAAUGGGUUUAACACAAGUAAUGGAGGAAUAGAGACACCGUCAGAUUUAUGUGGAGAUAUAAAUGAAUGUGCUUCAAACACAACAAACAACUGCUCAGUUAAUGCUAUAUGCAAGAACUUUAUUGGUGGAUUCGAAUGUACAUGUAAAAAUGGAUUUAACACGAUUAAUGGAGGAAUAGAGACACUCUGGGAUCAAUGCGGAGAUAUAAAUGAAUGUGCUUCAGAAACAACAAACAACUGCUCAGUAAAUGCAGUGUGUAACAAUUACAUUGGUUGGUACAACUGUACAUGUAAAAAUGGGUUUAAAUCUAGUAGUGGAGGAAUAGAGACACCCUCAGAUCAAUGCCAAGAUAUAAAUGAAUGUGCUUCAGAAACAACAAACAACUGCUCUGUUAAUGCUAUAUGUAACAAUUUUAUUGGCGGGUACAACUGUACAUGUAAUAAUGGGUUUAACACAAGUAAUGGAGUGCUAGAGACAAUCGCUGAUUUAUGCAGAGAUAUAAAUGAAUGUGCUUCAGAAACAACAAACAACUGCUCAGUUAAUGCUAUAUGUAACAAUUUUAUUGGCGGGUACAACUGUACAUGUAAGAAUGGGUUUAACACAAGUAAUGGAGUGCUAGAGACAAUCGCUGAUUUAUGCAGAGAUAAAAAUGAAUGUGCUUCGGAGACAACAAGCAACUGCUCAGUUAAUGCUAUAUGUAACAAUUUUGUUGGUGGGUACAACUGUACAUGUAAGAAUGGGUUUAACACAAGUAAUGGAGGAAUAGAGACACCGUCAGAUUUAUGUGGAGAUAUAAAUGAAUGUGCUUCAAACACAACAAACAACUGCUCAGUUAAUGCUAUAUGCAAGAACUUUAUUGGUGGAUUCGAAUGUACAUGUAAAAAUGGAUUUAACACGAUUAAUGGAGGAAUAGAGACACUCUGGGAUCAAUGCGGAGAUAUAAAUGAAUGUGCUUCAGAAACAACAAACAACUGCUCAGUAAAUGCAGUGUGUAACAAUUACAUUGGUUGGUACAACUGUACAUGUAAAAAUGGGUUUAAAUCUAGUAGUGGAGGAAUAGAGACACCCUCAGAUCAAUGCCAAGAUAUAAAUGAAUGUGCUUCAGAAACAACAAACAACUGCUCUGUUAAUGCUAUAUGUAACAAUUUUAUUGGCGGGUACAACUGUACAUGUAAUAAUGGGUUUAACACAAGUAAUGGAGUGCUAGAGACAAUCGCUGAUUUAUGCAGAGAUAUAAAUGAAUGUGCUUCAGAAACAACAAACAACUGCUCAGUUAAUGCUAUAUGUAACAAUUUUAUUGGCGGGUACAACUGUACAUGUAAGAAUGGGUUUAACACAAGUAAUGGAGUGCUAGAGACAAUCGCUGAUUUAUGCAGAGAUAAAAAUGAAUGUGCUUCGGAGACAACAAGCAACUGCUCAGUUAAUGCUAUAUGUAACAAUUUUGUUGGUGGGUACAACUGUACAUGUAAGAAUGGGUUUAACACAAGUAAUGGAGGAAUAGAGACACCGUCAGAUUUAUGUGGAGAUAUAAAUGAAUGUGCUUCAAACACAACAAACAACUGCUCAGUUAAUGCUAUAUGCAAGAACUUUAUUGGUGGAUUCGAAUGUACAUGUAAAAAUGGAUUUAACACGAUUAAUGGAGGAAUAGAGACACUCUGGGAUCAAUGCGGAGAUAUAAAUGAAUGUGCUUCAGAAACAACAAACAACUGCUCAGUAAAUGCAGUGUGUAACAAUUACAUUGGUUGGUACAACUGUACAUGUAAAAAUGGGUUUAAAUCUAGUAGUGGAGGAAUAGAGACACCCUCAGAUCAAUGCCAAGAUAUAAAUGAAUGUGCUUCAGAAACAACAAACAACUGCUCUGUUAAUGCUAUAUGUAACAAUUUUAUUGGCGGGUACAACUGUACAUGUAAUAAUGGGUUUAACACAAGUAAUGGAGUGCUAGAGACAAUCGCUGAUUUAUGCAGAGAUAUAAAUGAAUGUGCUUCAGAAACAACAAACAACUGCUCAGUUAAUGCUAUAUGUAACAAUUUUAUUGGCGGGUACAACUGUACAUGUAAGAAUGGGUUUAACACAAGUAAUGGAGUGCUAGAGACAAUCGCUGAUUUAUGCAGAGAUAAAAAUGAAUGUGCUUCGGAGACAACAAGCAACUGCUCAGUUAAUGCUAUAUGUAACAAUUUUGUUGGUGGGUACAACUGUACAUGUAAGAAUGGGUUUAACACAAGUAAUGGAGGAAUAGAGACACCGUCAGAUUUAUGUGGAGAUAUAAAUGAAUGUGCUUCAAACACAACAAACAACUGCUCAGUUAAUGCUAUAUGCAAGAACUUUAUUGGUGGAUUCGAAUGUACAUGUAAAAAUGGAUUUAACACGAUUAAUGGAGGAAUAGAGACACUCUGGGAUCAAUGCGGAGACAUAAAUAAAUGUUCUUCGCAAACAUCAAACAACUGCUCAGUUAAUGCUAUAUGCAAAAAUUUUAUUGGUGGGUACAACUGUACAUGUAAAAAUGGGUUUAGCACAAGUAAUGGAGGAAUAGAGACACUCUCAGAUCAAUGUGCAGAUAUAAAUGAAUGUGCUUCAGAAGCAACAAACAAUUGCUCAGUUAAUUCUAUAUGCAAUAAUUUUAUUGGUAGGUACAACUGUACAUGUAAAAAUGGGUUUAACACAAGUAAUGGAAUAGGAAUAGAAACAAUCUCAGAUUUAUGUGAAGAUAUAAAUGAAUGUGCUUCAGAAACAACAAACAACUGCUCAGUUAAUGCUAUGUGCAACAAUUAUAUUGGUGGAUACAACUGUAGAUGUAAAACUGGAUUUAUCACAAGUAAUGGAAGAAUAGAGACACUCUCAGAUCAAUGCAGAGAAAAAAUUCCUGAGGUUGAAAAAGAUCCAGUAGUCACUGUUGGUGUAAAAGAUAAAAGAUUAAGGUUCAUUUGCAAGUUUCACACUGUAAAAGAAAGUAAUGUACGAUAUGAAGUGACAUGGUUUCAAGGACCUGUAGAAAAGCAAAUAAAAGGUCCUGAUACUUUUACAAGUGAUCAAAAUGAAGCCUUUCUUCAAAAUACUAAUAAAUAUGGAAAGAAUGGUACAUUUUGCAUGGGUUAUAAUAUUUAUUGCAAAGUUCAAUCAUAUUAUAUUGAAAAUAAAGGAAUAAAAAGUCAACCAAGGAAAAGUAAUGAGUUUUUUGCAGGACUUCAGGUAAAUCCAAUGCUAUUAGUUCUUUCAGAAAAAGAUAGCCCAAGUAACAUCACUAUAAAAUCAACAGUACCUAUUGUAUGUGAAGAUGGAACUGAAAAUUGUAGGGUUCUUGUUGAAAUGGGUCAAACUACUGCUGACCACUUUGUAGAUUACUGUACAUUGCAAUUUAAACCUGGUCCAGCUGGACAGACAAAAGAAGUUGAGGUGGUUGCUAAGCGAGACUUUGUGGAUGACGGGAAUCAGCGUAUGUUUUUGAAAAUGUUUAUUCCAGACCACAUAGAUCCUAUGGACUGGAAUUGUCAUAAACGAAUUGCUGAUGUUGAGAUUAAAACAGUUGAUGUUAAAACAGCACGAUGUACAUCUUCUGGUGAUCCUCACUUCACAACAUUUGAUCAGUUUUACUACAGUCAUUAUUAUGUUGGAGAUUAUGUUUUAGUUCAAAGUACAGCACGAAAUUUCAAGGUGCAUGCUCGAACUUUUGCUUGUAGCCAAUCAGUUUCAUGUAACUGUGGUGUAGCGGCACAAGAAGGUGAUGAUGUAAUAGUAAUUGAUAUGUGUAGAGACAAUAUACCUAGAGCUCGUUUUGCCAGCACUGUAGAACCUCAAUCAGGAACAUCAUUAACAAGGGAUAAUAAUGGAAAAACAUUCUUGAUAUCAUUUCCAUCUGGGGCUUUUAUAAAAUUUACCACUCAAUACUGGAGAAAUCACUUUGCAAAUAUUGAAAUUCAGCUACCACCUGAUGACUUUAAAAAAACUCAAGGUUUAUGUGGAACUUUUGACAAUGACCAAUGCAAUGAUAUGAUGGCAAAAGAUGGGAAAAUAUAUUCAAUAGGAAGAGGAUGGUUUGCCAAACAAGAGUUUUCUGAAAGUUGGAAACUGGGUGCUUCUGAAGAGAAUUUGUUUUACUUCAGAGGAGGGCCAAGAAAAUGUACAGCAACAAGAGCGAAAACAUAUUGUAUUUGUAGUGAAUAUUGUUGUGGGUCUCAAAGAAAAGUCAAUUGUGAUUUUGAAGGGUAUGUUGAUCGUCCCAAAUACAUAAAUGGAAUAAUUGGUUGGAAAACGUUGGAAUUUCCUGGAGCAAAACACUGCGGGCGACGUAAACGCAGAUCUUUAGAUAACAACGUAAUUGUACUUCCUGAUGAUGGUAAUACAGAAAUUUAUGAUUACAACCCUGUUCAAGUUUCAGGUAAUAUUACAAGUUUUCCAACUGCAUCUGGUAUAACAGAAAAUCAAGCAAUAGAAGUUUGCAAAAACAGAAUUAGGAAUUCAAUGGCUGGUAAAGCUUGUCUUGAUGUCAUCGGACCUUCAUUUUUAACAGAUAGUUAUGAGCAACAAUGUGUGAUUGAUAUUCAGGUAACAGACAGUGAAAAGAUGGGUGUUGAAUCUGCUAUAAAUAGUUUAAUUAGUGCAUGUGAAGAACUCACUUUAAGAAACUUGUCUUUCUGGAGGAGUGCUGAUGGCAACAUCACUUCACCACCAUCUAAAAUUGCAGAAAAUUUAUGUCCUAAUGAAUGUAAUGGAAAUGGAAAAUGUAAAAACGGCACAUGCAUUUGCAAUCCUACUUUUAUAACUUCUGACUGCUCUAUGAAAGAAGGACAAUCUCCUGUAUUAUAUGGCAUACCAAACUCUGGGCUAUGUGACGUCAGGGAUAAAGAUUGCAUUCGUACUCGUGUCAUAGGAAAAGACUUCAUUGAUUCCAGUUCUUUAUCCUGUAGGAUGACAGAAGUAAAGAUUUCUGAAAAACCGUUUAUAAAAAUAGGAAAACCUCUGGAUAACCAAGGACAGCUUCUAAGCUUUGCUGAAAUAAGUUGCUUGCUACCAACAGUGCCAGUUAAUAUUAAAUACUCUUCUAUCCGACCUGGAAAACCUGUAGGAGGUUAUUUAAUCAGUGUGUCAAACAAUAACCUGAACUUCAGCGAUAAUGAAACAUUACUUCUUGUAUAUGACUCUAAGUGCAUGGAAUGUAACAUCACAGACACAACAUGUAAAUGGAAGGAUAACAGUUGCAAAAUUAAUGAGUAUUGUUUUGCCACAAACGAUCCUAAUCCAAAACAAUGGUGUGAGGUUUGUAAUCCAGUAAAAAGUCGAACAUCGUUUUCAGAAAGAACAAAUAACAUUGCUCCAUGGUUUAAGAAAGUUAUAACAAAGCAAUACGCUUUUAAAGGGCAACAAUGGAUAUAUGAUAUACCAGCUUAUGAUCCUGAAAAUCAACCUUUAUUAUAUAAAUUUGAAGGUGAAAGUCAUGGAAUGAAAAUAUCAACUGCUGGAAUUUUAACUUGGAAUCCUAAUAGAAUUGGAAGUUUUAUAUUUACAGUUAAAGUGACUGAUCCAUGUGGUUUGUCUGCUUUUUCUAAGUUUGAAGUGGAAACAAAGCAAUGUGCUUGCGAAGGAAAAAAUGGCGGAAUUUGCAUCUGGCAAGGAGACCCUGGCAACAUUAAUUCAUCGAUUUGUCAAUGUCCCAACGGUUGCACAGGAGAACUAUGUGCCGAACAAAUCGAUGGUUUAAUUUGCAGAAUAAAAAUUAAAAACGAAGAUACUAAGAAGUUAAAAGACCUAUCUGACACAACACUGGUUAUUAUCAUUGUUUUUUCGGUUUUACUUAUAGCAAUAUUUUCUGUAUCGGGUUAUAUGUUUUUGUUGAAAAGAAAAAAGAUUUUAAUUAAACAACCAAAAGAUGCAAACGUCUCCAGUAAUCAAUCCGGAUGUGAAUCUGGAAUUUUAAUGACUAAUAUAAAAAGUUGCGAUAACGGUUAUGAAAACGAGGCUUUUGUUAAAAAUGAAAUUAACUCUACAGAGAAAAGAAAGCAGGAUCGGGAAGCAUAAAUUUUCAAAUAAAUAUGUAUAAAAUUUUGAUAAGUAUUUAUAGUAAAAAUGA